UGGCUCUGCUCGUUCAGUGACUAAUGACGUAAAUCAAUCAGAAACAAGACGGACGUCACUGACGCUCCUGGAUAAAUACGGAUAUCAGGCUGUGUCCAACAUGACUCACUCGACUCUCCGGUACCGGUCUGAACAUCGUCCCACGCCAGUUUUCGCCUGGCUCUCCAGUUUUUUGUGGUUCACUUCGAGGACUUCAUGUGUCUUACUGUCUUCGCUCUCACUCUACACUUGACUCUGACGGUUGUUUGGACUUCUGCUGAAGGUCAGCCUCGUGUGAUUGGGUCUCCUCGGCCAAUAGUCGCUGCUCUUGGCAAUGAUGUCAUCCUGCCAUGUCACAUAGAGCCUUUGUUUAACGUGGAGGGGCUGACGGUGGAGUGGUCGAAACCCGACCUCAAGCCGGACCCCUCUGAUCCGCUGAGCCGAGUCGAGUAUGUGCACCUUUACAGGGACCGACGAGAAGACCUGGACAUGAAGAUCCAGGCGUACGAGAUGCGGACGGAGCUGUUCAUAGACAAACUGAAGUAUGGAGACGUAUCUCUGAAGAUCAUGAAUGUGACCCUGGAGGACAGAGGCAGAUACAGAUGUUACAUCCCCAAGUUAAAGAGCGACUUUAAGGAAUCAGUUGUUGAGCUCUUUGUUGAACAAAAGUCUGUUCAAACGACGACGGAGACACAGAUGUUUGCCAGAGAUGUCUUGACUCCAGAACCAAAGAACGGGACAACUGUUAUAGGUGGUCGGUCCCAUGUGGCUAUAGUGGCAGCUGUGGUUUUCUUGGGCUUUCUAAUCUUGGUUGGUGGAGUCACUGGAUAUUUACACAGACACGGGUGUCAAAAACCAAAGCUUCUGCAGAAUGACGACCAAAGCAAACUAUCUCCAGUCUAGGUGCCUUGCUCGAGGGUUGAUGUUGGUGGAGAGGAAAAUGCCGUACUUCCCUCUUUUGGAUCUUUCUCUUCAGUUCAGCGACUCAAACCAUCAGUAUCAUGAUCCCCAGUUACUUCACUUGUUUAAGAGAAUGCUGCGUCACUUUUGGGAUUUUUAUUGUGAAGCUCCAAAAAAUGUUCUGUGGACUUUCCAUCAGGAUGGAGCUCACCUAAAGAUUUUGGAUGUGGCUUUAACAACGAAUCUCAUCCUCUUGGAAAAACUUUUAAAGCUAGAUGGAUUUUCUUUGUCAACACAUUUGGUUCAGACUUUGGGAAGUCCAGUCUGCAGAAGAGCUGUGUUAGAACUGUAGAUCCUCAUCGCAGCUCUCCACACAUGAUCAGCGACAGGCUCACUUUCGGAUCUAGAUGAUACUUUAAUACUUUAAAGGGUUUUUUUGAGACUUUGAUCAGAGUUUGCAGCUCAUCAGCUAUUUUCAGCGCUUGCAGCGAGCGAACACAGGCAGCUGCUACAACUUGGACCCACGAUUGACGACAGAAAGUUUGUUUUCAAACUUUCAUCAUCAUCGACCCGUAACUGUGAGUGACCUAUAUUGUGAAUUGAAAUACAUACUUUAUUUAGUUACAUCAGGGAUCCUCAGUGACAUAAACCUCCACUGCAUUUUGUGUUAUGAGAAGCUCAUUGUAGCAUCUGUAAGUUAAAACUUAACCGUGCCUAACAUCCGUGUUUACCUCAGGAACAAAUAUAGAUAUAUUCCUGAUAAAGAAACUUGUUGUUGCAAAGUAUUAACAGCCAAUAUCUUGUUUUGUAGCUAACUGGGCCAAGUGACAACAGUAACGUUAGCAUGCCAAUGUGACUUUUAGAUUUAAUUUAACAAAAAUCAGACAAAAUACCUCAAAUUACAAAACAUUACGCCAGUAAGAUUUUACUUACGGAGUAAAUAACAUCAGGUAGCUUUGCAUGAAACUUAUUAGUGAACACCUGCACUGUAAUUCAGACAGAAAACAGUUUUACCUACAGUACAGUAUUUACACAAGAUAUAUAAAGAUGUAUUGUGUGCCUGUAAAACUAUUUUUUUUUAUAAGAUAUGCCAGCUGCAGCGACUUCCUGUUUUAUAGUCGAUUUGGUUGGACAACAUGCCAACAGCUCAUAUUUUAUAACGUUUUAACCUAUAUCAUUCGACUACGUUUGUAUAAACAGCCGUUAUUCUAGCAUAAUCAAAUUACUACUUGCGUAGUACUUCAUCUGAGACAUGAGCAGUGUAUUUCUUCAUGUAUUCAGAUAAGAAACAAAGUAAUAGCUUUUUUUUAAAUAUAUUUAUUGAAGAUGAGGUUCAGAAUAUGAGGUAUUUCUUUUUUGUCUUUUUGUAUUUCAAGGUCCAGUGUUACAUGAAUUAAAGAGGAAAUGUGGCAGGUAAUUAAUUCCACACCUGUUUUGAUUAUCACAGUUAAUAGUGUUAAAACGAGGUGGUUUAGAAGACAGGAGUGACUGCGAGGUUUUUUGGGAGGGGUAGUCUGUUGAGAUGACUACUGAUCGGUGGUCUGGCCUCCUUUUUAUGGUCUUACAAUGACUAAGUAUGUGCUGACAUUAACAGGGUGUGUACUCUCCACUCCUUUAACAACUGUUUAAAAGUACCUUUGAGCAGGGCACCUGUUCUUACUGGAGUUAUAUUUCCUUGUAUUGAUCCAUUUAUUUAAAAAAAUGUACUUGCACUAAAAAAAAUGUAAAAGAUUUGUGUUCUUUGUGAUUUGUUUUUGUUUU